CUGUAGGCAUUAUGCCCUCAGAUUCUAAUCUCAUAUAUGCAUCAUAGGACUGCACGGAGUAGAUGUGAUGCAUUCCACUCUAUUGGUGCCUUACUUCUCUCUGCUACAUAUAAGAAGCCUACAAGUAUUUAUAGACCAGUACAAUUCGUCUGCCACACACAAAGUGGGCUUUAUAUUUGAUAGCAACUUAAAUCAUAUCUCUUCUAUAUUCUUUUCUGGUCAGCAAAAACACUUCUGUCCUCACCCAAGAACAUGAUCAAUCUGAUGCCUCCACUCACUGCAGAGAAAGAGAGCCUAUGCAACUGACUAAUAUUAGACAACAAGAUUUUAGAUAGCUAGAGUUAUUUCUCAUAGCAAAAUGCAUUUUAGGAACAUUUUAGGAAUUUUAGUCUCUGCUCUGUGCUCGCUGAUAAUGGAUGCCAGCAUUGCAUGUUUCUGUACCCCAUUAAUUUCUAAGCACUAAUAAAACCUUUAUUGCCCCUCCUCCUGCAGACAGCACACAGCUAAGCCUGAUGGCUUCAGGAAACUGCACAACACCAACCGCGUUCAGUCUGACUGGAUUGACAGAAAAUCCAAGGCUGCAGAUACCUCUCUUCAUGCUGUUUUUAGCCAUCUACAUCACCACUUUGACGACAAAUCUGGGUCUCACUGCAUUAAUCAGCAUAGAUCUUCAGCUGCAAACGCCAAUGUAUUUUUUCCUCCAAAAUCUGUCUUUCACGGAUGCAGUUUAUUCUACAGUCAUCACUCCCAAAAUGCUGGCCACGUUUUUAGAGGAAACAAAAACAAUUUCAUAUGGAGGUUGCAUUCUGCAGUACUUUAGCUUUAUUUUGUUGACAACCAUGGAGCUCCUGCUGCUAGCUGUGAUGGCAUAUGACCGGUAUGUGGCCAUCUGUAAACCUCUGCUUUAUACUGCCAUCAUGACCAAGGUGGUGUGCUGGAGGUUGGUUAAAGGCUUGUACUUUGUGGCCUUCGAACUCUCUCUGGUGCACACCAGUAGCUUGCUAAAACUAUCCUUUUGCUCUUCAAAUGUGGUAAACCAUUUCUUCUGUGAUAUCAGCCCUCUCUUCCUGAUUUCUUCUCCCAGUACCGCUCUCAAUGAGCUGCUGGUUUUCAUUUUUGGCAGCUUAUUUUUGAUCAUCAACAUAAUUUCCACACUCAUCUCAUAUAUUUUCAUUAUUCUGACUGUGCUGAGGAUCCGCUCCAAGGAGAGAAAAUACAAAGCUUUUUCCACCUGCACCUCUCACCUGAUGGCUGUUUUUUUGUUCCACGGAACCUUCAUCUUCAUGUACUUGCGACCUGUCAAGAGCUUCUCUCUGGACAAGGACAAACUUGCAUCUUUGUUCUACACUGUGGUGAUCCCUAUGCUGAACCCCCUCAUCUACAGCUGGAGGAACAAGGAGGUAAAGGAUUCUCUACGCAGAGUCAUAGCCACCAACGUCUGGCUUCACUGAUCCUUGGUUUGGCCAGUGUGAUACCAUUCUGAUUUUUAAGGGAUGAUUCACAAAAAAAGUCUAAAUAAGAAACCACUUAAGCACAUAUUCAGUUUUAUAUUUCCGCUCAGAUGCAAAGGCAAAAACAUUUUAUCUGUAUUUAGGUGCUAUUUUGAAGAGAGUAUUUCCUGGUCUGAAAUUUACUGUAUGUGGAACAGCAUUCAUUUUCUGUAACCUAUGUUGAAACAUGAAAGCAAUUUCCGUGUAUGUUCUAAAAUGUUACCAAGCUUUACUUAAUGGUUCAAAUUACUGAGAAG